AUGGUGAGGUCCUUCCUACCAACAGACCUCAUCCCGUACUAUCAGCCUGCACAGGUGCUCUGCUCACAGGCCUGUAUGGAGUAUGGAGUCUCUUUGUGAUGCCUGGGUUUCGUAAAAUCCCAUGGAGCCUCAAGGUGCUUGAGAGUUCCUUUUUUUGUUUUUACCUUCCUGCUUGGCGUUCUUUCCACUAUUUCAAAUAUCCAAUCCUGCAUGUCUGUGCGAAAUCAAAGGCAAGAAGCCGUGACAGAACCUAACUUGCACAUUAACAAUAAUUUGCUUAUUUUGGAGCACAGUGCUCCAUGCUUGCAAAAAAUGUGGGAAAAGAAGAAAAUGUCAGUCCAAGAUGAACAAGAAAACAUGAUGAUCAGGAGCAGAUUAUCAACAGUUCCUUAUUUGCCCUCCAGUAAAGAUCAGACACUGAACACCAUGAAGCUGCUUGAGGGACGAAGAGGACGCUUAGCAGAUCUGGGAUCCGGUGAUGGAAGACUGGUGUUUGCUGCCUCUGCUGCUGGUUUCCAGUGCACAGGGUUUGAGAUUAAUUCUAUUUUAGUGACCUAUGCCAAGAGCAAAGCCCUCUGGAUGGGAGUUCCCUCCAGCCAGGCAACCUUUGUUAAAAAAGACUUCUGGAAGACUGAUUUAUCUUCGUACAACAACGUGACAGCUUUCCUUGCUCCAGGAGUGAUGACAGUGCUGGGUGACAAGCUGUUGAAAGAGCUUCCUGAUGAUGCACUUGUCAUUGCUUGUCGGUUUCCCUUCCCCAACUGGCCACACCAGUCGUCUGUCGGCUCCGGUCUUGACCAGACUUUCGCUUAUGACAUCAGCAGUGUGCGUUCACACCUGAGAAAUGUGCCGAACGCAGUGGUGUAAUACCUCGCGGUCUCUGGGUUAUUUUUUUUAUCCAGUUCUGUCAUUUUCAACAGCACUAAACCCUCCAGACACUGGACAUUUCCUAGCCCAGAAAUGAACAAACGUUUAAAGGAAUACCCAAAAAAGCAGGCCACCAUGAUUACACUGGGGAAAUAUCAGAUUUUAGUCAGUUACACACACUGAUCAGGAGUGACACUUUCAAAGGAUGUUUUUAAAAAUAUUAAGGAUGACUGGGACUUUGCAAGAUGUAAGGAUGAUUUCUAGAUCACUUAGCCUCUGCAGUGUUUCAGUCUUUGCACUACCAGAACUGACUGCGUCUUUGCCAUAUUGCUGACGGUUUUGUUCUGUAUGGCUGUGGCUGUAGCUCAUUUUCUAACAGCUCCUCCACAGCAAUAAGGAUAAUAAUAAGAAUUUUAUUUCCACAUGAACACUAAUAAACCUCCUCAGGGAGGAUUGUGAGUUCAGUGUUUUUGUUUGUUAUUCAGUGGUUUUGGCCCACUUCGUGGGGUUGUAGUUAGAUUCGUAUUUUGUGUUAUACUGACGUUUGUUUAAGAAAAAAACAAAAAAAAUCAAUGCCUAUUAUCCAACUCAGUGCUGCUCUAAGAUUAUUCUAUAGCUCACUGAGCCAGCCAGUGAGCUUUAGGUACACAGAGGCUUUUGUGUUAGAUACAACCACUGCACAGGUGGUUUAAAAUGCUGUAAUUAUCUGCGUCAUCUGAUCCUUGUGGCUCAUAUGGAAUACGUAACCGGGGAGAGGGAUUGGCACUUGACAACCAUAGUUACAUUUGUAACCCUCUGUCUGUCUGUAUGUGUGUUUCUUAGCACUUGAGACAAAUCAGUAAAAUUUUCUGGAAUGUUUUGCCAUUUGUCAGCAAGCAAGUGAUUAGUUAUUGAUUCACAUCACAAUCUUAUUGUGAAUUAAGGGAUUGCGAAGCUGUGGUGGAGGAAUUAGCCCUUUGAGCAUGUUCCAGUGCAUAUCACCGCAGCUGUCUUACUGUAGCACCUGCAGUAAUCAGUGGGGUGACACUGUAAUCCUUCUAAUCGUUGAUAGGCAAUCGCAGUAUACCUGCCGCAGUAUAACCUUUCCACUCAUACUGCUGCUCACACUAAACAGUCUCACAUGUCAGCGCCCAUUUGCAAUACAAUUUACAUUUAGUCUUAGGCAAAGGUAGUUACAAAGGCAGAACAUGUUUGUGUAUGUCACCAUACUGUAAAUU